AUGGUGUUAUCAUAUGGAGCAGAGCACACAUUUGACUACAAUAGCGCAUCUUGUGCAGCUGACAUACGGUCUUACACCAAAACUACACUUCACUAUGUCUUGGAUACCAUCGUGGACCCAAAGUCUAUCGUAGUCGCGGACAAGGCCAUGGGACGUUCUGGUGGUAGAUACGCUGGGCUUGAGGCUCUGCCUGAAGACGUGCUUGGUGGCACUGGCAGCACUCGAAAGACGAUCAAGUGGACGUAUGUCAUGGGUACCAGCAUGAUCGGCAGAGAGGAGGGUCUUACGGGGCCCUAUUACAGCAAGCCACGGCCCGAGAAGCGUGCUUUUGGAAAGUGGUGGUUCCGUACUGUUGUCCAAGAACUCAUGGAUAAAGGGUUACUGAAGCCCCAUCCAGUGAAGCUGAUGGACGGGGGGCUAGAGGCUGUUCCUGGAGGAGUAAAGCUGUUGCAAGAGAAGGCACCUCUGUGA